AUGGGUUCGCUAGCUCGAAAUGUUCCGAGCCUGCCAAUAGCCCAACCCGACCAUAUAUCCACCAAACACGCAGCGUCUACAAUCAGUGCCUUCCCAUUCGGCGCCCCAUACCCCUUAUCGCAGAAGACUCCGCAAACCAAACCGCAGGAACACGUGAGCCGAUCGGGAGAACACACCGCAAAUGUCGUUACCGCUGAGACGCAUUUCGACAAUUUCAAUACAAAGAUUUCAAAUGCAGGAACUUUGUCCAGGGCCGAACGCAGUCAAUUCUCACAUCAGACCUGGAUAGCAUGUCGUCCAGUUGACGGUAACGCUUGGGCCUACAACGUUAUGGUGGUCAAGCAUCUGACAAAAAUUCGCUGGGAUCCCACACGCAUCCUUUCCAACCUCAAAUUCUUUGAUGUCCCUCCCACCUAUACGCCCGAAAACCUCGACUUCCUAAGGUGCCUCGAGGUUUCCGGUGUACUUCUUCCCCAUGCUUCUCGGGUCCAUCACCGCCUAUAUGUUAAAAUGGUCAGAGCAGCUACAUCUGCGGCAGCUUCAACAAGUUCAUCACAAGAUAUCGAGCUACUCGCACUGAUUCGAUUAACCUUUCAGAGCUGUUCACGCAGCACAAAAGCAAUACAAGUCAUUGUAGACGACCUUUUAAUACUGGCAAACAAGAUCAAGGCAUCUGCCAUCAAAAGGUCGCUACUUUCUGAACUGGCUGGCAUUAAUGACGCAAAACAAAGCAUAAAACUUUUAGUUGCAAGCGCUGCCCAGGACCAUUCUUCUUGCGCUCUUGUUGAAGAAAUGCUUCUUUUCUUGCCUAAAGAACAACUUCGAUUACAACUCCAAUCAGUUACGCGGUCUCUCGUCGAAGCCGUUGAGCGGAAGAGUCGGUUACCAACUGGUACAUACUGGCAUCGCCUACGUGUGUGGUUGGCUGUCCUCGAAAAUCUCGACGCCAGAUCCGACGCUGGCUACAGUAGUACUGGCUAUACAAACGUCGCCUUCACGGAAGUGGUUGAGCAUGUCUUCAAGAGGAGCAAUUCGGGCAUAGUGCGACCGCAUAUCAUGCUCUAUGCUCUCGUAUUCCGAGUAGCACGACAGCAGCCGGCGUAUGCUAAACACAAGGAAAGCUUGUUGCGGUUUAUCUAUGCUUCCGCCGUCUCUGCGCUACAGCAACAAGGCACAGAAAAGAUGGAGGAGGAUAUAGUGAUGAUCUUCUCAGAUAUGCGGAGAGCCUCCCUGCCGUAUGAGCCAGUAGUGAGCAUUGCUGCCGAUCUCUUCGCAUCACAUGCCGAUCUGCACUCCGUGCACAGAUUCCUCUUCGCCCUGGACAAGCAUAAAUUUCUACUGGAUAGAGCAUCCAGUAUACAAACUCGCAUCACUACAGAACUGCCUUUGCUCCGACAACACACAGACGCUCAGGCACUCGACCGGUGCGGACAUCAUGCGUUUGCAUUACGAACAUGUCAGAACAUACUCGAUUCCCUAAAAAAGGUCACUAAGUCAGGCAUCUCGAGCGCACCCCUCCACAUCCAAGAGGAGAUCGAAACCCUGCAAGCUCAUAGGGAUUUUACCGCAAUCCUCGAUGCCGCCUCGAACGAUCACGCCAUACCGCAAACCUAUGCGAACCUUACUGCCAAUAUCGCACCCUCUCAGCGUGCAAUCCUUAUACAUCAGUUAGCCCACCACUACUCCCUUGAUGUCACUCGUUCGCAUCGCGCGACCUGGCGUUCCAUCUACGCUCUUUAUAACUACCUCGAGUCGUACUCCCUGACAAUCGGUCCUCUGUUUACCAAGGCCGUAGUCCGAGCCGCCAUUAUUCGACCCAUGAUGGAGCAUAGAUUCAUCAGUGCGAGGAGACUAAUCUGGGUAUGUCAGCUGGUUGCUAGGGUUGAAGGCACAAAUGUAGCAAAGCAGAUUGAGAGUAGUUUCUGGCGCUGGAGAGGUAACGUGAUCAAGCAUGCCAAGGAGGUGCAUGUUGCCGCUCGUGGUGAUCGCAAGGCGAAGGCCAUGGUGGGCAGGUUGAAACAACUUGAAAUGCUGGGUCAUGACCGUUAUACCAAGGCACCCAGUAAACGCAUUGUGCGUAUCGAGACGGUUGCUGAGCGCUUGAUGGAGAACCUGGUCCGAGAUGCAUCAGAAGACGAUCUAGGCAAGACCAAGUUCCUGCCCCAGACCUGGACAAACUUCACCGACGACUUUGAGCGCGAGAUCCAAGAUGCCGUUGAAGACGACGAUGUUGCCGGAUUCAAAUCUGUCAUCUGUUACCGAACAGGGCUCGAUAUUGAGCCAGAAUAUGAGGAAGCUGCAAAGACCGUUGGGUACCCUUUCGAACGCUACGUUAAGAGCUGUGUUCGCAAACGCAACUACCGUAUCGAGAAGAAGCACCUGAACGACUAUCUUGUUUUACGCACACUGGAAAUCUUGUCAGAGCGACUACCACAUUCCGAUUCUCUUGCGAAGCCAUUUCAGCUACACACUGGUCUCGGAGACAAUGAUAUCAACCUUCUUGAGUCCAACCCGGCGUUCCUACAGCCAUUGAUUGAAAACUACCCACAGGUGCCCUUUGUACUUCUCCAUUCAGCUUAUCCGUAUACCCGCGAAGCAGGCUACCUCGCAACCGUAUAUCGACACGUGUACCUCGAUAUUGGUGAAGUCUUCCCAAUGGUCAGUAGAGAUGGUCAGAGAGCGAUCCUACGUCAGUCUAUGGAACUUGUCCCGGCCAGCAAGCUCUUGUAUUCCUCGGAUGGACACUGGUUCCCAGAGACCUAUUGGCUUGCCAAUAAACAGUUCCGCGAAGUCUGGCUUGAUCUACUCACCGAGUACGUCCAAGAAGGCGACCUAACACCGCAUCAAGCGAUUGGCAUGACGAAAGACAUCAUGUUCAACAAUUCUAACGUGCUGUAUGACCUACGCUAUGAGGCUCUCUUCGAUGAGACGGUACAAGUCGAUCCAAAACAGCUCACAUACAACCCAAAGCCUGCUACAUCCUCGCCUUAUCAGUCUCCAGCAGUAACACCAAUACCUACCAUGGGCUUCCCCAGCCGUUUCUCGGCUUCCAACACGCAAGCUAGUCGAUCAGUGUCUCCGUACAUACAGCCGGCUUUCCCUCCACCGCCAAAGGUGCCGCAAGUCUAUGACACCCAGCUCUUGGACGAUUUCAAAGAAAAGAACCCCACGGUGAAGUUCGUUUAUGUACAAUGGCUUGAUUACAUGGCCACCAUACGUAGCCGCAUAGUCCCCAUCAAGGAGUUUACACGCAUAAUAACUGAAGGAGAACGUAUUGGCAUAUCCCAGGGAAACAUGGGUACUCUUCAGAAUGACCACCUAACGCCUGUCACAAAUACUACAGGACAAAUUUACAUCGAGCCAGAUUUGCGCUCCCUCCGCAGUACGCACAACAAAGAUCCACUUCCCGCUGCAACGGUACUCAGUUACUGGCGCGCAGAAAACGGUUCCGCUCUUCCAGAAGACCCGCGAAACAACCUUGAAACGCUCAUCAAUGACCUCCAAUACAACUACGCUAUGACCCUUCUCAUCGGCUUCGAAAUAGAAGUUACGUUUCUUUCCCGAAAUCCUCCUUCCACAUCCUCCAACCCUUUCGAAGCUGAACCCUACUCCCCCUUAACAAAGACUCACGCAUGGGGCACCCUCACACCAGAACAAUGGCUCCAGCUCCCCUUCCUUGGUGAGAUCGUUCUGGCACUCGAGGACAUGGGUAUUGAAGUCCAGCAAUUCCAUGCCGAAUCGGGGCCGGGACAGUAUGAAUUCGUGCUUCCGCCUCACCCUCCUCUCCUCGCCAUUGACACGCUUAUCCAGGCGAGACAGGUCAUUGCGCAGAUAGCUAGUCUGCAUGGGCUGCGUGCGACGCUUCAUCCCAAGCCCUUUGAGAGCAUGGGUACGGCGGCUCAUGCGCAUAUCAGUCUGCACCCACCGGAGCGUGAUAUGCAGUUUUUUGUUGGGGGCGUCUUGAAGCAUUUACCUGCUAUCUGUGCGUUUAGCAUGCCUGAGGAGGUUAGCUACGGACGUGUAAGAGAAGAUUCUUGGACAGGCGGGACAUGGAUAUAUGAGCAUACUAACAUGAGCAAAAAGGUAGCAUGGGGAACCCAAAACCGUGAAACACCACUCCGACGCAUUUCCCCAGGCCGUUGGGAGCUCCGCUGUCUAGACGGUCUCGCAAACAUGUAUUUCGCGCUCUCUGCCGUUCUUGCUGCCGGCCUACUCGGUCUCGCCGCAAAUGAACCUUCCUUCCCAGAACAAGAUGUUCAAGUUAACCCUUCGACCAUGGAUGAGCAGAUGCGCACUGAGUUUGGUGUGACGAAAAGGUUGCCCAAGAGCAUGCAGGAAGCAGUCACAGCGUUGAGGGCGGAUGGUCCCCUCAAUGAGGCUUUGGAUCAGGCGUUUCUGAAGGCUUAUUUGUACAUGAAGGGCGAGGAAGCGAAGAUGUUGGGAGAUAUGAGCGAGGCUGAGCGGACGGUGUUCUUGGUGGAACGGUAUUGA